AAACAGACCGUGUUGCUGGGACUUUAUCGGCGGUGAUUGAGAGAAACAUGGAGGGUAUUAAGUUCGACGAAGCAAAUGUUAGCACAAAACUAGCGGAGGAGUAUUUGAAGAAAAAUCCAAUAUUUAAAUCAAAAGGAUUCGCCGACAGUGACAGAUUCACGUUAAACGAUCACAAAAACACAAUAUACUAUAGUAAUUAUACAAGGAACCUCGGGGCUGUGGUGUUGACCAAAGAUGUAAGUGAACUUCCAUUAAAAUUGAUGAACCUGGCCAAGAAAAUUGAGGAGAAUGUCGAACUUUUCUGCCAAUUGGAACUGUUACUGCGAAAGAUCCCCUUAGAAGAUACAGAGCGCAUAGAUUUGAAACUCAUGACACAAAACUUUAUGUAUCACAGUUCGUUAAAAAGCUCCAAGGAAGCGACGAGCACAGCUCGUCAGAUUACGUUCGAGUCGGCCACGCCACUGGUGGCGCUGGGUUUCAUCAGCCAGGUGCUGAUGGCUCACAUGCCGAAGGUCGUCAUUGAAUGCACCAAGGAAACAGCUCCCGUCGCCACCCUCUUCAUUGAACUUUGUCACCAAGUCGGAUUGGAAGGAAAAGUACUUCUAGCGAUUUUACCUGAAGUUAUAGAAGGCGGUUCCUCCAAAGUGACGAUGGAUUUUACGAAAAUGGGCGAAUUUCUGAACGGCUGCGUGGGUGUUGUGAGCGGGAAAAGUGACAUCGACUCCGCCGUUGAGUACUUCUUGGACGCGUCCAGUCGAUAUCCCUGGGCGUUGAGGAAGAUUUUUGUUCAAGAAAAUGCUGUGGAAAGAUUCACUACCACCAUGACCUGGAAGGAGGAGAAGCAGAUGGAAGUAACAUCAGCCGGGAAAAGCAAAAGCGAUACGGACCGCGAAAUAUCAUACUUCUUUGGGGAAAAAACGUUUCUGAUGAAGCCGGGUCGAGAUAGCACUGAACAUGACAAAAAUGUUGUCAUCCUUGAGGCUUUUAGGACGGUGAAGGAACUGAUAGGUCUACUUGCGAACGAGAAGCCGUUCGCGCUCUCCAUCUGGUGCAGUGAUAUUUCAGAGACGAAUGAGCUCACCCACAACGUAGACGCCAGCAUCGUGUGGGUCAACGACUUCGCCAACUUCGAAGGACCACCUCGCUCUUCGCAAGCCUUCUUUUCCCUCAUCGAUAUUUACUUCAGUUCUCAGCAUAUCGAACAAUUUCCUGAAAUGGCUGAAUUGACGAAACUCAAAGAAUCGUGGUUGGAACUCAGCGUUGAGCAAAGAAGAGCCGUCGUAAGAGAUGCAUUGGCAAAAAUAGAUAGGAACCAGUCCAAGAAAAUGUUAGAUGUCCUUGAUGAUAUGACGACGGAAAUGGAAAGUUUCGUUUACCUCACCAAGAAUAUGAUAGCGACUGGCAUUGAACUACAACCGCAAGCGAUGAUGCCGAGCGCGAUGUACGACCACGGGCUGGAAUCGUCGAUAAUGUCUCACAUCAUAAAGGGCGGUGCCAUCCUGCUACACAUACCUCCGCGUGAUCUGCCAGUAAAAAGCAAAGAUAUUUCUUACAUGUUCUAUGAUAACUUACGGAACAUGGCCGGUCCCGUACUAUUUCUAGAGAAAGAGUAUAAAAUCGGUGACGUGUCUGUUAUAAGGCAUCCAAUCAAAAGAUAUAAAGUCAUUUGGACCAAUUUCGGAACGAUAUUCGCUAAUUAAAAUAUUUUUAUAAAAAACAACAUUUCAUUAUUACCUUCAAAUGAACUAGGUGUUAGUUUCGAAGUCCUUUUUUAUAAUAAGAAGUCUUCAUAUUCUUAAUUAAGCAUUUGCUAUACUUAUAAAUCAUUUUGUAAUUUGUAGUUGUUGUGUGAUAGAGGAAAAUUCAAACUUAGUAAUUUUUAGGUUGCUUUGUUUCUAUUUAUAAUUUUCUAUACGUAUAUAUAUUUUUAACUAGA